ACUCUUUGCCAUGUUGCCAUGUGCCGUUUUGCACAAUGCUCCGUGUAGUAUCAGGACUCGGACUCACCGCAUAAUUGAUCUUCUUCCGCUAUCACCGCCGGCGACCACCUCCUACUUACCUCCAGAAGCACCCUUUCACCUCUGCCUUACUCGUAAUUGUCUCUCUCCUCCGUCCACACAUUCGAACUCAGGAAUCAAAAUCAGAGGGAAAUAGGAGUAUAACUGCUAAAUUAAAUCGUAAAUUUGAGGAAACCAAUGGAUGAGAAGAAAAGGGAAGAACUCAGUGGUUUACUGACCAUACUUCCUCCAGUUGAGUUUUGUUGUGUUUAUGGCUCAACUCUUCAUCCAAACAAUCAUGCUGAGUCUCGGAUGAUUGAUUACAUUCUUGGUGUCCGGGAUCCUAUUGAAUGGCACUCACAGAAUUUGAAGAAGAAUAACAACCAUUAUGCCUCAUGGAUGGUGAACCUUGGCGGUGCGAAACUGGUCACUGGAGUUGCAGAUAAAGUUGGUGCAGGGGUUCACUUCAACCCUUUUGUUUCUUGGAAUAACAAGACAUUUAAGUAUGGUGUAGUCAGAAUGCACAACUUGAUCGAAGACAUACUGAACUGGGAAAAGUUUUACUUGAGUGGUCGUCUACAAAAGCCUGUCCAUGUUCUUGUGGAUAGCAUGGAUGUUGAAAAUCUAAACUCUUUUAAUUUAAGAGCUGCAACCUCAGCUGCGUUACUACUUUUACCUUCUAGUUUCACGCAGGAGGAUCUUUAUGCAAAAAUCUGCAGCCUUUCUUACAAUGGUGAUCUGCGUAUGCUUUUUGCAGAGGACAGGCAUAAGGUGAGAAAGAUUGUGCAAGGACAGUUUGAGUUAUUCAGCGGAAUUUAUAAGCCAGUUCUGGAAGAAUUUGCCACCAAAGACUUGUUAAGGUUUUCAUCAUUUGGCUCUCACCAGGAAAAUAUCACUCAGGAUUGUGGUUUACCUGCAGUUCAGUCCCUUGUCUCUCGUCUUCCUAAAGCAAUUAGAAGCGAUAUGAGCAUGAAAUUAGGAGAGAAAAAGAUGAAUUCUGGUCAAGUUGUUCAUGAAGUUGUAAUUAAAUCCAGAGCGGAGGCAGCCAGUUGCCUGGAAAAACUUAUAAGACGCAAAGUAAUGGUUUCUAGCGCCGGGCAGGCUGUUGCUGGUGUUUUGACAGUAGGUGCUGCCAGAGCUACAAGGUAUCUUUCAAAUAAAAUGCUUAAGGCUUGGAAGUCCUGGCUGUAAGAUUGAUCAACACUCUACUCUAAAAGUAAGCCGAUUAUUUUGGCUUCUACACCAUCAGUCUUCUCAAAUAAUUUAAGGGCGGUCGGAAUGAUAUUAUUUAUCCAAUCAUGGUGCUUUAUGAGGUUCUUGAGAAACCGAGAGAUAAAUACGCACAGGGUUAAGAUCAUGGAGAAUCACUAUCUGUCUUUGUCUUUGUCUUUGAUAGAAAAUAAGAAAAGUAGAGUACACAAUAUCUAGGAAGGCUUGGCACUGGUUUUAGCCCUUUUUAGUUUAUUAAAAUUAGCUUCCAUCUUUGGCUCUUGGCAUUGGUACACCAGAUGGGGUUGUUGUAAGAUUCGUUUAAUUUUGUGUUAAUUCUCAAGUACCUUAAUUAAUAGUUAAUAACUUAAUACAA